AUGUCGACACCCGAAUCAUCCGACUCGGUCGAAAGCUUGCUAAAAUCUCUCAUGAGAGACUCUCCUCCAUCUAUGAGAGAGCGGAUCCAGCUGCUACAAUCGCUCUGGGAUCUAUCAACGCUAACAGUCCCAGAAGCCUUACUGUUGUUGGAGUUGCUGACAAAUCAAAAGCUGCAGUCACUUCAAGCACUUUAUCACAAUCCAUUACUGUUCAGGUGGCUAUGCGAUACAGAGCGUGAUCCGCUUAAUGUGGUGGUUGUACAUGAUUCUCAGCAAGAUCAAAUCACUCCGAACGGAGAAGACGCUCAUUUCAUUUGUGAAUCGUCAAAUCAACGCGGAAAUCGAUACGAGUCCGACGUUGAAUCUUUACAAUCCGGAGGCCCUACUACCCUAUCUACUUUCCCCGCGCCUAAACGUCCGGCAUCAUCAGACUCGGAGGAGGUACAAUUGGAAAGCCAACCAAGUAAGCAAUAUGAUCAAUAUCAUCAAAUCGGUAUAGACUCAGAAGAGGACGACCAAUCUUUUCGUACAUGUUCAAAGUCAGCCCAGUCUAGAAAUCGACGUAUCAUCAAACCUCUACCAAUGAGACAUCGACCUGCCUUGUCUACAUCAUCUAUGUCUAAAAAUCAGUCAUAUGAACAAUCCGGCUCAGAUGAGGUCUCUGACAUUCAAUCAAGUUUUUCAGGGGAUUCCGAUCAACAUUAUCACCUUGCCAUGGAGUUAGAGGAAGACGGCCAAUCUGUCGGUACAUCGUCAAUAGAAACCCGAGAUCAUCUUGACAUCAAACCUUUACCCAUCAGAUAUCAACCUUCUUUAGGUACAUCGUCAUCCAUAUCUGAAUCUUCAACAUCACUAGACUCAGAUGAACAAUGUCUUUUAGAAAUAAAUCAACUUCAAGAAAGAAUUGCACAACUUUCUAUUAGACUCGAAAAAGCGAAGCGAAUGAAUGCCCAAUUAUCAUCUAAACCUUUAUCAAAAAUCGAUUUAUCAACCAAAAAAGAAGUUAUAAAUUCAAGUAAAGUCAUGGUCAAAUUCGAAAAUGAAAUCCAAGAAAUCCAGAUACAACUUUAUAAAAUUAUAUUAAAUCUAGAAAAAUCUCAUCCUGAUUUUAACUUUGAUGAUUUUAAGGAUAUAUGUGAUAUUGAAGAUACUGAAAUUGGUUCAUCUUCAUUGGGAGCUUCAAGUUCUUCAUCUCAAUCUAUCAGCAAUGAAAUGUCACCAACACCCAAAUAUGUGAGACGGCACAAAGGUGUAAGUCAAGCUCAACAAAAGAGGAUAAAAAUGUUCGUAUAG